AGUUCAACCAGCCACGGACGAAAGAUGGUGUGCCGCAUUUUUAUUACAAUAUCUGUUCUAGUGGGCCUCCACGCUGGCUGUACGCUCGGUCACAGUACACAGUCAAUAGUUGCCCUCAUCCUGGCACGAGGAGGAUCGAAAGGCAUACCGUUGAAAAAUAUUGUUGAAAUUCAACCGAACCAAACCCUGCUCGGGCGAACGCUGGACACCUUGCGCCGCUCGGAAGUGUUCAAAGAGGUGUGGGUGUCGACCGACCACGAACGGAUAGCGCUCGAGGCCGAACUGCAUGGUGCGUCGGUGUUUGCCCGCUCGGCCACACACGCUCAGGAUCAUUCCAGUUCGUUGGAUGCGACGCGUGAGUUUUUGGAAGCGCACCCGGAGAUCGAUCGGUUUGCGCUGGUUCAGUGCACUUCACCGUUCCUGCGGGUACACUACCUGGAGCAGGCAGCUGCACAGACAUGGGCCACAACAGAUGAUAUCGUCCGCUGGGGAUCUUCCUGUGCUUUUAGUGUCGUUCGAAGCCACAAAUUGCGUUGGCGAAAGAGUGAGACCGAUGGACGACUGGAACCGAUUAAUUUCGAUCUGCGUGCACGGCCCCGUCGUCAGGAUUGGCCGGGUGAGCUGGUGGAAACGGGUAUGUUCUAUUUUACUGACCGGCAGCUAGUAAUGGAAGAGGAAAGUUUCCAAAGUUAUACAUGUACGGUGGUGGAAGUGGAUGAACUAGAUGCUCUGGAAAUUGACGAUAUGAAGGAUCUCGAAGUGGCUCGUUUAUUGAUUGGAAUGGAAUAGUUUAAAAUUACGUGAGUUAUUAAAUGUGCGCUUUUACACCAAUGUUUAAAAAACAACAGAAAAGUCUAAU